AUGCUUCUUGUGUUGAAUGUGGAUGGAUCUUGUAAACCUGCAUCUGGUAAUAUUGGAGCUGGAGGUGUCCUCCGCGACUCCUUUGGAAAUUGGAUUAAGGGUUUUGCUGUGAAUAUGGGAAAUGGCCAAGUUCUUGAAGCUGAGUUAUGGGGUCUAUUUUUUGGUCUCAAAUUGGCUUUGGAUAAAGGUGUCAAUAGGCUCAUCAUUGAAAUGGACUCAGCACUUUGUGUCCAGCUUAUCCAACAAACUGUAGCCUAUCGUUUCCAUCCUCUGGCUGGCUUGCUGCAUAGCUGCGGUACUCUUCUAAGGCAAUUUGAGAACCAUCAGAUUCAACAUGUCUACAUGGAGAAGAAUUAUCUUGCUGUCUCGCAAGAUGGAGCUACAAUCUUGAUUUGGGCAAUUGCUUUUUUAAAAAUACCCCUGUGGGGGCUAGUGAUGUACUGA